AUAACAACAAGCGCAGUGACAUUCUAUCGCGCUCUCACGCUCACAUUAUCAUUCAUACUGAGCGCUUACAGGUGAACUAUUUCCCGGGAGUUGACAUACUUUAUUUUUUCCCGAAAAAUCCCCUAUAUGCAAAUGUAUUUCACAAGUUUAAGUUUAGAGAGGACAGACAGCCGUUAAGAUGAAGGGAAUACCCAGGAAACGUCGAAGAAGUCGAAUUUGUGUUUGAAGACCUUUACGAUCAGGAGGUCUUGGAGGAGACGAUUCCGUGUUUAUUCUCAUAUGUUGCCAUGGAGAAGUGGACCAUGGUCCUUGUUUUCCAUGUAGGAGCGCUAUAUAAUGCAGCCUUCUGUUCACCUCCCAUGCCCGUCGAUGUCUGGUUCUCUUCCAUAAAUCUUCAGAAUAGUCUCCAUUGGCUUCCUGGGGAACACACUCCACCGGGCACCUACUUUAGGGUGCAGUAUGCCAUCUAUGGCGAACGCUGGAGGGUGGUGCCGCACUGCAGAGAACUGGAACUGACCCGGUGUGAUCUGACCAAUCAGACGCAGGAUCUGGAGCAGGGCUACUUCGCAAGGGUCCGAGCCAUAGAUCGCACUGGUUCCUCUAAGUGGAAGAAGACGCAGAAACGAUUUGACCCCAAGACUGAUACUAUCUUAGGCCCCCCAUUGGUCACCCUGGAAAUGAAAGGCAACAGUGCCAUUGUAAACAUGAAGUCACCAAUGAGAUACCAGCCAGACAACAGCAAGCCAGAGAUGACCAUGUUGGAAGUCUACCCUCAGAUGGCCUUUAACCUCUCCAUUCACAUCGCUGACAGCAAAAACUUGACGCAACAUAUCCCAUUCUCCUCCGGUCGAUACGUGUACCGCCUGAUGGACUAUGACACAGAGUACUGCUUCUCCGCCCGGACCAGGUUCAACUCCAUGCUAAUCGAAUGCCAGCCCUCCACCUGGCACUGCCUCAAAACACCUCAUGACCCGUUCAUCAGCCAGCUGAGGAGCGUGGUUGUGGGGAUCGUGGUUCCGUUGUGUUGCAUAUGCGUGCUCGGAGUCGGGGCCUACUUCAUCCAUUACCUGGUGUGGGGCAAGGAGGAGAAAUGGCCACAGGCACUGGAACCAACGUGCCACUCCUUCCCUCCGACAACUUACACUCCCGAGCACUUGGACCCCAUCUACGUCGGCCCUUACCACCCCAAGCCGCCGCCGCCACCGACGCCGCCGACGCCGCCGACGCCCGACAGCGCCUACGGGCCGCAAUCGCCCAUUGGCUACGCCUCGCAGGGUCGGGGCGUGCUCCCGGACCUGCUGUGCUACGCCCUGCAAGGUCGGGGCGCGUCCCCGGAGCCAGAGCCACCCUGGGAGGACUGCCACGAGGCGGGAGGCACGGACUACGGAUUCGUCAGAGGGGAUCCGGUCGGGGGCGGACAAGAGGGCUCGGAGGACCCCAGGGAGGGGCUGGGGGUUCUGUGUCGUGCAUUGGCAGACCUGAACGGAGAUCCACAUCACCUGCUAAUCCUAUAA